AUGUCAGACGGAACAGCCUCUCAAAAGGAUAUGGCAAAGUCCAGAAUUCCACUUGAAUACCGUGAUUAUUGUGCUCAAUUGUUGAUCCCCCUUAAUAAAUGUAGAGGCGAAACCUUUUACCUUCCUUGGAAAUGUGGAAACGAACGUCAUGCUUAUGAAAAGUGUCAAUAUGAAGAUUUUAAGCGUCGUAUGAAAGAACAACAAGCUAAAGCCUUGGAAGAAUAA